AUGUCGUGUCGGCCUAGUUCUCAAACAAAGUUACCUGAAUCGGAGUUUGUAUACAAAGAAUUCCAGAACCCCGACAGAGAUCGAGCUAUGACGGGAACAUUCCAGCAGGGCUUUGCAUGGGGAGCAGCCACAGCAGCUUAUCAAAUAGAAGGGGCCUGGGACGAGGAUGGCAAAGGUGCCAGUAUUUGGGAUACGUUCUCCCACCAUGAAGGCAAUAUCUAUGGCAACCAUAAUGGGGAUAUUGCUUGCGAUAGUUACCAUAAAAUAUACCAAGACGUAGAACUCAUGAAACAACUUGGGUUGACACACUACCGUUUCUCCAUAUCAUGGCCGCGUAUUCUGCCAGACGGUACCUCCAAGACAAUCAACCAAGCUGGUAUUGAUUACUAUCGGGAAUUAAUCGAUGCAUUGUUGGAAGCCAACAUUAAACCUAUGGUUACUCUGUACCACUGGGAUCUUCCACAGGCACUGCAGGAUAUAGGCGGAUGGGAAAACGACAUGAUUGUUGUAUAUUUCAAUCAAUAUGCCGAUGUAUGUUUCCGAGAAUUCGGAGAUAAGGUAAAGCUAUGGAUUACGUUCAACGAACCCUCAGAGUUUAUCAAAGAAGGUUACGAAACUGGUUGCCUAGCGCCAGGGUUAAAGCACCAAGGUACGAGCGUAUAUCGAGUUGCCCACAACGUGUUACUAUCCCAUGGUACAGCCUGGAGGACAUACGAUAAUAAGUACAGGGCCUCCCAGAAAGGGAUGGUUGGCAUUUGCUUAGUUUGUAAUUGGGCAAUACCAUAUUCCAACAGUAAAGAGGAUGUUGAUGCUACUGAACGAUUCAUAAUGUUCAUGUUUGGAUGGUUCGCGAACCCAAUAUUUGGCAGCGGUGAUUAUCCAGAGGCUAUGAAACAGCAGGUCAUGAUGAAGAGUCGUGAACAGGGACUGACGUCGUCUAGGUUACCAGAUUUUAAUGAAGAGGAGAAAUCGCUGAUACUAGGUACGAUGGAUUUUCUUGGGUUGAAUUACUACACAACAAAACGUGUACGCCAUCUCGCGUCGCCCACGUACCCCGCCAGUUUAGACGCCGACCAGGAUUUGCAUUGCACAUACGAUGACGAUUGGCCCACGAGUGGUUCAACGUGGCUGAGACCAGUACCUUGGGGAUUUAGAGAACUCCUCCGCUGGGUGAAAAACAAGUACAACAACCCGCCGAUAUACAUCACCGAAAACGGCUUCUCCGAUCCGAAUCUGGAGAGCGAAGGUUAUCCGAAUCUGGACGAUAUAUGCAGAAGCAAGUAUAUCAGAAGUCAUAUUAACGAACUCCUAAAAGCAUAUAUCAUGGACGAUGUUGAUAUUCGAGGAUACAUGACUUGGUCACUAACGGACAAUUUUGAAUGGUGCGAUGGAUAUUCCAGUAAAUUCGGUCUAUAUCAUGUAGAUUUCACUGAUCCUUCAAGACCAAGAACGCCCAAGACUUCCGUCAAGACUUACAGACAAAUAGUAAAAGACAACGGAUUUCUAUAA